AUGUUUUGGUUAAUUGUUAGUGUUUUAGCCAUCGAUUAUCAUUUAAUUCGAGGUCCAUAUGCGGAUCUACUGAAAUUUGUUACAAAUACUGUUAAUAUAUUUGACGAAGAUUUGAUUAAUUAUAAUGCGAAACCUGAUAAAAAAGUUUAUGGUACCGUUACAUUUCGUAGACCGUCAUUAUUGAUAAAAGAUCCAGAACUUUUGAAACAAAUUUUAAUUAAAGAUUUUGAUCAUUUUACAAAUCAUGCCACUUUAUUAAGUGAAGCAGAUCCACUUUUAAGUGAUAACUUGUUUAUAGCAAAAGAUAAAAAAUGGCAUAACACUAGAACAAUUUUAUCACCCGUAUUUACGGCUAACAAAAUGCGAAUAACAAUUGAUUUGAUGGCAUCAUGUGGUGAACAAAUGAUUUCAUAUUUUAAAAAAGAAUAUGAAAAACAAGGCAAUGGAAAACCAUUGGAAAUUGAAUUUCAAUCUUCUACAGGACUAUUUUCAAAUGAUGUAAUUGCUACCACUUCGUUUGGAAUACAAUGUGAUUCGUUCAAGGCUCCAGAAAAUGAAUUUAUCAAAACUGGACGUGCUAUUUUUAAUUUUUCAAUGCUACGAUUUAUGCUUUUACAUUUAACACCAUCUAUUGCAAAAAUGUUCGAUGUAAAAAUAAUGCCCCCAAUUGUGUAUGAAUUUUUCCCACGUGUAAUUAAAGAAGCUUUGAAAAAUCGCCGAGAAAACAAAGUUUUUCGACCGGAUAUGAUUCAAUUAUUAAUGGAAGCGAAAGAAUCACUAGAAAAAAAUCCUGUUAAAGAUCUUGCAUUAUCCGAUGAAGAAAUAAUUUCGCAAGCAUUGGUUUUCUUUGCGGCUGGUUUCGAAACUGUAGCAGCUACAAUGACUUUUGCAAUUUAUGAAUUAACUUUACAUCCGGAGAUUCAAAAACGGGCACAAGAAGAAUGCGUUGAAGCUUUUAAAAAAGGUGGUGGAAAAUUGACUUAUGAAGCCAUAAACGAAAUGAAAUAUAUGGAUAUGGUUGUAUCAGAAACACUUCGAAAGUGGCCACCUGGAACAAAUACGGAUCGUGUAUGUAACAAGAAAUACACACUCAACGUUGAUAAUCAGGAAAUUGUAAUAGAACCAGAAAUGUUGAUAACAGUCCCUGUACUUGGUAUUCACAGAGAUCCAAAAUAUUAUCCCAAUCCAGAUAAAUUUGAUCCAGAACGUUUUAACGAUGAAAAUAAAUCAUCAAUACAUCCUCAAACAUAUAUGCCUUUUGGUGCUGGUCCAAGAAUUUGUAUUGCAUCAAGGUUUGCAAUUAUGGAAGUGAAAUUGUUUUUAUGUUACAUAUUAGCUAAUUUUAAUUUGGAAGUAAUUGAAAAAACUCCAAUUCCAUUAAAAUUAAAAACGGCUGGAUUAACUGGAUACACAGCGAAGGAUGGAUUUUGGAUUGGUUUAAAGCCAAGACAAUACAAUAACAAUUCAAUUAUGUUUUGGCUAAUUGUUGGUGUUUUAGUCAUUAUUUUAUUCUAUAAAUUACAUAAUUACAUAGUUGAUCCAUUCGUUUACUGGAAAAAUAAAGGAAUCGAUCAUCAUUUAAUCCAUGAUCCAUAUACGGAUCUAUUAAAUUUUGUUACAAAUUCUACAAAUGGCUUUGAAGAGGAUUUGAUUAAUUAUAAUGCAAAACCGGAUAAAAAAGUUUAUGGUAUAGUUAGUCUUCGAACCCCGGCUUUAUUGAUCAAAGACCCAGACCUUUUGAAACAAGUGUUCAUUAAAGAUUUUGAUCAUUUUACAAAUCAUUCGAUUCCUUUUUUACGUGAUAAAGAUCCAAUUUUAAGGAAUAACUUAUUUGUAUCGAAAGAUAAAAAAUGGCAUAAUGAUCGAAAAAUAUUAUCUCCUGUUUUUACUACCAAUAAAAUGCGUAUAACAUUUGAUUUAAUGACAUCAUGUGGUGAACAAAUCAUUUCAUAUUUAAAAAAUGCAUAUGAAAAACAAGGCAAUGGAAAACCACUGGAAAUUGAAUUUCAAUCUGCUACAGCACAAUUUACAAAUGAUGUAAUUGCUACCACAUCGUUUGGAAUACAAUGCGAUUCAUUUAAACAUCCAGAUAAUGAAUUUAUUAAAACUGGACGAGCUAUUUCUGAGUUUUCAAUUUUACGAUUAAUUUUGUUAGGAAAAUUGCCCUCUAUUGCAAAGAUAUUUGAUGUGAAGAUAAUGCCGUCAAUUGUUUAUGAAUUUUUCCCUCGAGUAAUUAAAGAAAAUUUGAAAAAUCGCCGUGAAAAUAAUAUUAAGCGACCCGAUAUGAUUCAGUUAAUGAUGGAAGCUCAAGAAUCAUUAGAAAAGAAUGCUGUAAAAGAUCUUGUUUUAACUGAUGAAGAUAUAAUUUCGCAUGCAUUAGUUUUCUUUGCUGCUGGUUUUGAAACUGUAGCAAUGACAAUGAGUUUUGCACUUUAUGAGUUGGCACUACAUCCAGAAAUUCAAAAACAACUACAAGAGGAAUGUAUUGGAGUUUUCAAGAAGGGUAAUGGAAAAUUAACUUAUGAUUUAUUACAUGAAAUGAAAUAUUUAGAUAUGGUUGUCUCAGAAACACUUAGAAAAUGGCCUCCUUCAACUACUUUGGAUCGUGAAUGUAAUAAAAAAUAUACACUCAAAGUUGAUAACGAAGAAAUUGAGAUAGAACCAAAAAUGUUGAUAUUAUGUCCAGUACUUGGCAUUCAUAGAGAUCCAAAAUAUUAUCCAAAUCCAGAUAAAUUUGACCCAGAACGAUUUAACGAUGAAAAUAAGGCAGCAAUACAACCUCAAACAUAUAUGCCAUUUGGUGCAGGCCCGAGAAUUUGCAUUGCUUCACGUUUUGCAAUUAUGGAAGUAAAAUUGUUUCUAUGUUAUUUAUUAGCUAAUUUUAAGUUAGAACCAACUGAGAAAACACCAAUUCCAUUGAAAAUAGAAGCGCUUGGAUUCACAUAUACAGCGAAAAAUGGAUUUUGGAUUGGUUUAAAACCAAGAGAACAAAACAUGUUUUGGUUAAUUGUUGGAAUUUUAGCCGUUAUUUUAUUGUAUAAAUUUCAUAAUUACAUAGUUAGUCCAUUUUCGUAUUGGAAAAAUAAAGGAAUUGAUUACCAUUUACUCCAUGAUCCAUAUACGGAUAUAUUUAAAUUUGUUACGAAUACCGUAAAUGGUUUCGAAGAGGAUUGGGCUAAUUAUAAUGGGAUACCGGAUAAAAAAGUUUAUGGUAUAGUUCAGUUUCGUAUUCCGGCUUUGUUAAUUAAAGAUCCAGAUCUUUUGAAACAAGUAUUGAUUAAAGAUUUUGAUCAUUUUACAAAUCAUUCGAAUAUUUUGCGUGAAGACGAUCCAAUCUUAACUAAAAAUUUGUUUAUUUCAAGAGAUAAAAAAUGGCAUGAUACCAGAACGAUUUUGUCUCCAGUGUUUACUGCUAAUAAAAUGCGUAUAAUAUUCAGUUUAAUGGCGUCAUGUGGUGAUCAAAUUGUUGCAUAUUUUAAGAAAGAAUAUGAAAAACAAGGUAAUGGAAAACCUCUAGAAAUUGAAUUUAAAUCAACGACAGCCCGAUUCACAAAUGAUGUAAUUGCUACCACAUCUUUUGGAUUGGAAAUUGAUUCAUUUAAAAAUCCAGAAAAUGAAUUUAUUAAAACUGGGCGAGCUAUUUUUGAUUUUUCAAUUUUACGAUUUAUUCUUUUGCAUAAAUUUCCUACCAUUGCAAAGAUAUUCAAUGUUAAACUUAUGGCACCAAUUGUGUAUGAUUUUUUCCCUAAAGUAAUUCGAGAAGCUUUAAAAAAUCGCCGUGAAAAUAAUAUUAAGAGACCAGAUAUGAUUCAAUUAAUGAUGGAAGCAAAAGAAUCAUUAGAGAAGAAUCCUGUAAAAGAUCUUGGUAUAAAUUUCAGAAAUUAUUGAUUUAUAUUAAGAUUUAAUGCGUUUGAAAUUAUUGUAGUUUUAGAGGAUGACGAUAUUAUAUCGCAAGCAUUUGUUUUCUUUGGUGCUGGUUAUGAAACAGUUUCAGUUGCAAUGAGUUUUGCAAUGUAUGAAUUGGCAAUACAUCCAGAGAUUCAAAAACGUUUACAGGAAGAAUGUAUUGAAAACUUCAAGAAAGGUGAUGGAAAAAUAACUUAUGAAUUGUUGCAGGGAAUGAAAUAUUUGGACAUGGUUGUAUCAGAAUCGUUCCGAAAAUGGCCUCCAGCAACAGCUUUAGAUCGUGUUUGUAACAAAAAAUACACACUCAACGUUGAUAAUCAAGAAAUUGUGAUUGAACCAGAAAUGCUUAUUGUUUGUCCAGUACUUGGUAUUCACAGAGAUCCAAAAUAUUAUCCAAAUUCAGAUAAAUUUGAUCCAGAACGUUUUAGCGAUGAAAAUAAAGCAUCAAUACAUCCUAUGACAUAUAUGCCAUUCGGUGCAGGCCCAAGAAUUUGUAUUGCUUCACGUUUUGCAAUUAUGGAAGUAAAAUUAUUUUUAUGUUAUAUAUUAGCUAAUUUUAAUUUAGAACCAACUGAGAAAACACCAAUUCCAUUGAAAAUAAAAAUGUCUGGAUUUACGUAUACGGCAAAAGAUGGAUUUUGGAUUGGUUUAAAACCACGAGAACAAUAAAUAC